AUGAGUGUAUUAGAAAAAGAGGAUAUUCCAGAAACCUUCAUGUUGGCAGUGAUGGCCUAUGACCGAUUUGUGGCAGUUUGUAACCCUCUGCUCUACACAGUUGUCAUGUCCCCAAAGCUCUGUGCAUGGUUAGUGGCCGGGCCCUACGCAUGGGGUAUAGUCUGUUCCCUGACACUCACCUAUUUUGUCUUGGCAUUAUCCUUCUGUAGGCCUAACAUCCUCAAAAAUUUUGUCUGUGAAUAUUCUGUCAUUGUUUCUGUCUCCUGCUCCGAUCCCUACAUCAGCCAAGUGCUUUGCUUUGUCAUUGCCAUGUUCGAUGAGAUGAGCAGCCUGGGAAUCAUCCUCACUACCUACAUUUUCAUCUUUGUCGCUAUCCUAAAAAUGCCUUCUGCUAGUGGGCGCCAAAAAGCUUUCUCUACCUGCGCCCCCCACCUGACUGCCAUCACCAUUUUCCAUGGGACUGUCCUGUUCCUUUAUUGUGUACCCAACUCAAAAAACUCAUGGCUCAUAAUCCAAGUAGGUUCUGUAUUUUAUACAGUCGUCAUCCCCAUGCUGAAUCCUUUGAUCUACAGCCUCAGGAACAAAGAUGUAAAAGACAGCAUCAGGAAGUUAAUGAAUCACCCAACACAAUUUUGUUGA